GUAUCCGACUCUCUCCAUACACCGAUGACCAGGGAAACUCAGCAUUUCUCCACAAUACUACACAUCCAAAACCCAAUGCCUGAUUCUCUCCUCCGUCUCCGACGCAUAAAACGGUGAAUUUCAGCAAACCCUCGCAUUCUCUAUUGGAGCAAUUUUGAAACUGAAUUUUGCAGCGGAAUGGCGACGCCGAGACCGUUACCCACCGACUCGUUGGAUUGUAUGCUUCCUGGUCCUCCUAGCCGGAACAACUUCGGAUCCGCUGACUUGAGCCCCUCCGGUCUCCUCGCAUUCCCCUCCGGCUCCUCAGUAUCGGUUAUUGACUCCCGCUCUCUCCAGCUAAUUGCAACGAUCCCCCUUCCUCUGCCUCCUUCUUCCUCCAAUUCCUCCUCCUCCUCCUCACUCGCUCCGUUUGUUACCUCCGUUCGAUGGACCCCUCUUCCCCUCAGCCGAGACCUUCUCUCCACUGAGCCUUCAACCUCUCACCUCAUCCUUGCUGCGGCCGACCGACACGGCCGAAUCUCCCUACUCGAUUUCCGUCUGCGCUCUCUUCUCCUCUCAAUUGACCAGCCCGAUCCAGGUGCUAAAUCUGGUAUCCAGGACCUUUGCUGGGUUAAGGCCCGCCCAGACACUUUCCUCCUCGCCUCUCUCUCUGGACCAUCUACCCUAUCCAUUUACAACUCCACCUCCUCUCGAUGCAUCUUCAAAUAUGACGCUACACCGGAGUUUCUCUCCUGUAUCCGCCGGGAUCCCUUUGACUUCCGCCAUCUUUGUGUCCUCGGCCUCAAGGGAUUCCUCCUUUCCAUCAAGGUCAUGGGAGAAAGAGAGGAUGAUAUUGUGAUCAAGCACCAUCAGAUUAGGGUCGACUGCAAUGAGUUUCUAAAGCUAGAGAGAGACGCUGCUGCAGGAGGUACUUCCUCUUCCCCUGCUUCCGCUGUUUUCCCGCUCUACAAUGUGCGUUUCGCUUUCUCUCCUCUCUGGAGGCACAUCAUUUACGUUACUUUCCCAAGGGAGCUGGUGGUUUUCGAUUUGCAGUAUGAGACAACUCUUUUCACUACUCCUUUGCCGCGCGGCUGCACCAAAUUUCUUGAUGUGUUGCCUGAUCCGAAUCAGGAUUUGCUAUACUGUGCUCACCUUGACGGAAGGCUCAGCAUAUGGCGGCGAAAAGAAGGAGAACAGGCACAUGUCAUGUGUACAAUAGAAGAGUUGAUGCCAGCAAUUGGAACAUCUGUCCCCACCCCUUCAGUUCUCUCUGUCCUCAUAUGCCAGUCAGAGUCCACCGUCCAAAGUGUUGGGAAGCUAUGUUCUGAUUCACCUAAUUGCUCUACACCAGAUAUGGAUUUUGAUAAUCCUUUUGAUUUCUAUGAUGAUGCACUUCCUCUUUAUAAGACGUGUCUUAUUUCCAUUUCUGAUGAUGGCAAAGUUUGGAGCUGGAUCUUGACUGCAGAAGGGGCUGGAGACACUCAGAUGAAUAUUAAGAAUUCGGAUGUUGUCAAUGAUAGUGCUGAAAAGCCACUUCAAGGGACCAAUACUAACCCUUUAUCAUCUUCUAACAAGGGGAUUGUUGUAGAAGGCAGUAGGCAACUGGAGAAUGUGACUGAGGGCCGAAGCCCCCCUUUGAACUCAACAUUCAACCUGGCAGAUCUGACAUUUAAGAUCUGUUUGGUUGGACAUCUUCAGCUUCUUUCUUCGAUGUUGACCAUGCUGGCUGUGCCAUCUCCAUCAUUAACAGCUACACUGGCCCGUGGAGGAAAUUAUCCUGCAGUAGCUGUUCCACUGGUUGCCUUGGGUACUCAAAGUGGGACAAUUGAUGUAGUUGAUGUCUCUGCCAAUGCUGUUGCAGCAAGUUUUUCAGUUCAUAAUAGUACAGUUCGGGGUUUACGUUGGCUUGGAAACUCCAGACUGGUUUCAUUUUCUUACACACAGGUCAGUGAGAAAACUGGAGGUUACAUUAACAAGCUUGUUGUGACUUGUCUUAGAAGUGGGCUUAAUAGAACAUUUCGGGUUUUACAAAAGCCAGAGCGUGCACCCAUAAGAGCUCUAAGGGCUUCUUCUUCUGGAAGGUAUCUUCUAAUUUUGUUUCGUGAUGCACCCGUGGAAGUUUGGGCAAUGACAAAAAAUCCCAUUAUGCUUAGAUCUUUAGCUCUUCCAUUUACGGUACUGGAAUGGACUCUUCCAACAGUGCCACGGCCAACUCAGAAUGGUCCAUCCAGACAAUCAUCAUUAUUCUCUAAGGAUCAUACGGCUGCAGCACCAGGAGUAGCUUCCCCAAAAACAUCUUCUGAUUGUAAACCAGUGAACCCAGAUGCGUCGCAGGAUGACUCUUCUGAGAGUUUUGCAUUUGCACUAGUAAAUGGCGCACUUGGAGUCUUUGAAGUCCAUGGACGGAGGAUCCGUGACUUCAGACCAAAAUGGCCUUCUUCUUCUUUUGUCUCAUCUGAUGGAUUAGUUACUGCCAUGGCCUACCGCUUGCCCCAUGUUGUCAUGGGGGACAGGUCAGGUAACAUUAGGUGGUGGGAUGUAACAACUGGACAUUCUUCAUCAUUCAACACUCACAGAGAAGGAAUCCGGAGAAUCAAAUUCUCACCUGUUGUUCCUGGAGACCGUAGUCGAGGGCGUAUUGCUGUAUUAUUUUAUGACAAUACAUUUUCUGUAUUUGAUCUUGACUCUCCAGAUCCUUUAGCCAACUCCCUUCUGCAACCUCAAUUUCCAGGGACCCUUGUAUUGGAGCUGGACUGGUUGCCUUUGCGAACUGAUAAGAAUGAUCCACUAGUUUUGUGCCUUGCAGGAGCUGAUAGCAGCUUCCGUCUUCUGGAGGUGAAUGUUACUGAUAAAAAGCUUGGACAUGGUCCCCAGCCAAGGCCUAUCAAAGAGAGAUUCCGACCAGUGCCCUUAUCUUGUCCCAUACUACUUCCAACACCUCAUGCACUGGCACUGAGGCUGAUAUUGCAAUUGGGUGUAAAGCCCUCUUGGUUUAAUACUUGCGGUAUGUCUAUAGAUAAGAGGCCCCAUGUGAUUCCAGGAACUACCAAAUCCAUGGGGGAUCUUCGUAGUUACAUGAUUGAAUUACCACCUGUUGUUGACUCUGUGGUGCCCGAAUUGCUCCUUAAAGUAUUAGAACCUUACCGUAAAGAAGGCUGCAUACUUGACGAUGAAAGGGCUAGACUAUAUUCUACAAUUGUCAACAAGGGUUGUGCUGCAAGGUUUGCCUUUGCAGCUGCAAUAUUUGGCGAGACCUCUGAAGCACUUUUCUGGUUGCAGUUGCCUCGCGCUAUUAACCACUUGGUAAAUAAGUUAGUAAACAGGUCUCCACAGAAAACUUCAUCAGUUGGAUUGAAAUCAGAGCUUGAUGACACAUCUUUGUUGAUGAGAAUUUCAUCAAAGGGAAAAUCAACAUCAGGCACUGGGAGGGGGGACUCUUCAGUAAAUAAUGAUAAAUGUCAGCUUCGAUUAAUGGCUUUUGAGCCAGAAGAAUUAUGGGAAACUGCUAAUGAGCAUAUUCCUUGGCAUGAGAAAUUGGAAGGAGAAGAGGCAAUUCAGAAUCGUGUACACGAACUAGUUUCAAUUGGGAACUUAGAAGCUGCUGUUAGCUUAUUGCUUUCCACUAAUCCAGAGAGCAGUUACUUCUAUCCAAAUGCUCUACGUGCUGUUGCUCUUUCUUCUGCUGUGUCAAGAUCUCUUCUUGAACUUGCAGUUAAGGUCGUUGCAGCCAACAUGGUGAGGACCGACAGAUCAUUGUCUGCUACCCAUCUUCUCUGUGCUGUCGGAAGGUAUCAAGAGGCUUGUUCACAGCUACAGGAUGCUGGAUGCUGGACUGAUGCUGCAACCUUAGCUGCCACACACUUAAAGGGAUCUGAUUAUGCAAGGGUGUUGCAAAGAUGGGCUAACCAUGUCCUUCACACCGAGCACAAUCUCUGGAGGUCACUUACUCUCUAUGUUGCGGCUGGGGCACUACAAGAGGCAUUGACAGCUCUUCGUGAGGCACAACUACCAGACACAGCUGCCAUGUUCAUACUUGCUUGCCGUGAAAUUCAUGCAGAAAUCAUUAAUAAUUUAGCAAAUUCAGAUGACGAAUCAUGUUCAUCAAUCAAGGAUACACUGGUUAGCUUGCCCGGUUUGGACCCAGAGAAUCAAGAUGUUAUUGCCGUUGGUGAAUAUUUUGGACAGUACCAAAAAAAAUUGGUGCACCUAUGCAUGGAAUCACAGCCAUUUGCUGACUGAUAUGGCUGGGACAGAGGAGAAGUUGCCUUUGCCUUCUACAUGUUUCACACAGAAAUUGUCAUGUUGUAGCUAAUGCAUAAAAUUUUGGAUGCUGCAAAAAUAUACACAGAAAUCUGGUUUAGGGUGCGAUCUGAAGAAAUUUAUUUUGUUUGGACAGGGAGAUAGAGGGCAUUUUCGUUGAAUCAUGUCAUUUUGCCAGUUGUCAUUGUGGCAAUUUUACGAAAGAUAAUUUACGAGGCUAAUUUUCCAUUUAUUCCAUUUUUAUCUUAAGGUAGCGGAAAAAAAUUUCUUUUUCCCU